AUGAAAGAGUGGGGAGAAAGGGCCACAGAACGAACGCGAAGGGAGGAGGAGGAGAGAGGAGACGAGAAGGAACGGGAAGGGGGAGGGAACGGGGGGGAGAAAGAGAGACACAACGCUGGGAGAGGACCAGUUAGAGUUCACGGAAGAGAGAGAAACAUGGCGAGUGUAGCAGAUGUGUGGACUAUAGGGGAGUUUCAGUGGAGCAUGGAGCAGACCGCCUGCUGGACCUCGGUAGGUAUUGAACGUGGCAGAACCGAGCCAGGUCGGGUCACGGAGAGUACGAGCCCGCUGAAACGGAGCGUGAAAGGAGAGCGAUCCGGACUCGCGCGGUACGAUGGCUGUAAGCCUCUGCGGAGAGGACAAUCGUGUAUAAGAAGGAACACACCAAGGACGUCUCACGAAGGCAGGCAAGAAACCAAAGGGAAAGACGCGAGCACCUCAGCAACCGGCCAAGAGGAGAAGGUUUGUUUUGUGACGCCGUUUGUUCGUUGGUUUGUGUUCGUAGCAGCGGUGGAGUUCAUUUCCGGUCCGUCUGUGUGUCUGCGAGACUCCGGCGCACGUCAGGCCUCGUUCAACCACAUCACCGUCUCCAAAAAACGCCAGUGGCUCCAGCAGAGCUGCGCUCGGCCCGUCCUGCAGCCCGAGGACGUCACAGCGCCCCCUGCAGCCGAGGAGGAGCACACACACCCACAAACACACCCUCCAUCGGCCAAAAACUCAUGUCUAACAGACAAAGAAGCGCUGGACCCAGCCGAGGAGAACGACGACGAGGGCGAGAUCUGGUACAACCCCAUCCCGGAGGAUGAAGAGGCCGAUCUGCCGAACCGUGUUCCCGCCGUCAGAAUCCAGACGAGACGAGGAGGAGCAGACAGAGACGAAGAGGAGAGCAGAGCCUCAGAUCCUUCAGAGCAAUCCACUGGUGGACUUUCUCCCUCUUCUAGUCCCAAUCCAGCUAAAAGGAGCACUGCUAUCAACUGGUCUUUUCCUGAUAAAAUCAAGUCACCACGGACUGUCCGAAAACUGUCCAUGAAGAUGAAGAAACUGCCUGAUCUGAGUCGGAAGCUUAGUGUUAAAGGGACCCCAUCAAGCACUGUGGCCAUCAGGAAUGGCCAAUCAGAAACCAGGGCCCACUCACCUAGAGCCAAUAGGAUGGCAAAGUUGGGCCAGUCCCAGUCCAGACUGUCCCCGGCAGGUGUGACGACUGCAUUGGCGAGUGGUAAUGUGAUUUGGCGUUACCAUUUGGACAGCAGUGUUUCUACGCAGCACAACUUUGAUAAGAGAAGGAGCAACACCAGUGGUGUUCCCAAAUCGGCCAGUAAGGGAGGUUACCUAAGUGAUGGAGACUCACCCGAACUUGUAGCCAAGUCAGGAAAACACGGAAACUCUGAAAGAAAGAACGGUAAAGCCCAUGACAGGGAUCCCAAUGGGAAUUGCGGAAGUCCAAAGCUACCUGGUACGGAGCUGGAUAUCGAUGCCUUCCGUUCGUACAGUUUCUCUGAGCAGCCAAAGUCCCUAACGUACAUCUCUGGACUAAUGAGUCUGCACUUCUAUGGAGCAGAAGACCUGAAGCCACCGCGGCUUGAUUCUCGUGACAUCUACUGCGCCAUCCAGGUGGACUCUGUCAACAAAGCUCGUACAGCCUUGCUGACCUGUCGGACAGCCUUCCUGGAUAUGGACCACACCUUCAACAUUGAGCUGGAGAACGCUCAGCACCUCAAACUUGUCGUCUUCAGUUGGGAGUCAAUGCCGCGGAGGAAUCGAGUGUGCUGCCAUGGAACUGUGGUUCUCCCAACCCUGUUUCGUGUGAGUAAGACGCACCAGCUUGCGGUCCGCCUGGAACCACGUGGAAUGAUCUACGUGAAGUUGAGCCUCAUGGAGCAGAGGAAGACCUUUCUUGAUGGCACAGAAGGGGAUCAUGAAAUGCAGGUGUUUGGCCUAGAGGCUUGGCGCGUGGUGGAACGGGAAGCUUCAGGAUUAAUGGUUCCACUGCUCAUCGAGAAAUGCAUCUCUGAGAUCGAGAGGCGGGGUUGUCAGGUGGUGGGUCUGUAUCGUCUGUGCGGUUCGGCUGCGGUGAAGAAGGAGCUGCGGGAAGCGUUCGAGAGAGACAGUCACUCCGUCGAGCUCUCGGAAAACAACUACCCUGAUGUUAACGUCAUUACAGGCGUGUUGAAGGACUAUCUCCGUGAGCUUCCUCAUCCUCUCAUCACCAAGCCACUGUACGAGUCUGUUCUGGACGCGAUGGCCAAGAGGCCGCUGCAGAUGGGAAGCGGCGGCUGCGAGAACGUCCCGGCCGACUCGGAUCACGCCGUCAGCUCACUGGAGAUCCUGCCGGAGGUUGAGAAGGCGACCCUGCGGAAGCUUCUGAAACACCAUAACCUCAUAGCGUCCCAUCACGAGGUGAAUAAGAUGACCUGUCAGAACCUGGCGGUGUGUUUCGGGCCAGUUCUGCUCAGCCAGAGACAGGAGGCGUCCUGCCACGGGAACCGGGUCUUCAUCGACUCCGAGGAGCUUGCCAGCGCUCUGCACUUCAAGAAACACAUCGAGGUCCUUCAUUACCUGCUCCAGCUCUGGCCAGUUGUGGACGCUCAGGGUAAAUCUUCUACUUCAGUUCCUGCCCCGGUGGAGUCGCUCCCAGCAGCAACAGCUGCCGUAAGGAGGAGGAAAGAGCGUCCACAGGUGCUGAAUCUAACCGAGGCGGACAUGGCAGGUGCUUUGCGGCCCAGAGCUGGCCGUCUGGACAGUCCAAGUAACCGUUACGCCGGGGACUGGAGUGGAUGCCAGGAAACGUACCUCCAACCGAGCUGCCCAGAGGAGGCAGACUAUGACGAUGUUCCCAUCGAAGAGCCUCAAAAUGCAGGACAGGAGGACUUAUCAAAGGGUACUGGAGAUGUAAUCUCCGAAAAAGAGUUGCCCGAAGCGGAUGAGGCAGUGGAGAGGGUUGAGGAAAUGCAGAUAGAGGAGGAAGAGGAAGAGAGUGAGGAAGAGAAUGCAAUAGUUUUGGAUAAGCUACAAGUGGAGAAACCACUUUCCAUCAGCCUCUGCGAUCAGAUCCUCCCUGAUCGCGAGGAGCACCGACCCAAAGAGCACACCUACCAGGCCUACAUGAAGAUUCAGGAGAUUAGCCCAGUCCUAAGCAACAGGGUCAACCUGCAGGACCUGCAGGAGAGCAUUGACACUCUAAUCGGCAACCUGGAAAGGGAGCUCAACAAGAACAAACUCAACAUAGGGUACUGACUCUUUACCAGAACAGUCGCGAUAUGCUGGUGAUUGCCUUGAAACUUCAGCGCUACGGAACUUUCUUGCUCCCUUGCACACUUGGGAUGCAUGUACAAGAAGACAUUCCUCACUUCUGAUUUGUGUUUUCGUUUGUCUCCUGGACUCCAUGUUGUUGAGCUCGUCAUUGUUUUUCUUCUUAUGAGAAGAACUCGUUGAAUCCUGAGGGGUGCACCAGGUGCCUUCGUUGUGUUAAGGUGGUGCUUACGACAGUUAGAGCUUUUAGACUUUCUAUGGAGGUACAAAAUAUUACGAGGAAAACCAAUGCACUUAUGGAGCCUGCUGUUAGAGGCACGGCCAGUUCAGGUACAGGUGUGAAGCCUUAUGGUGGGAGAACUAGGUACUAUAGAUACAUCCCUAUAUCAUGGGUACUCAGUCCUGCUCAUGGAGAUCCAGCUUCCACUUCAGUUCCAACCCUACAAACACCAGAUAAUCAAGGUCUUGGGGUUCCCUUAAAGAGGUAGAUCACAGGAGCAGGACUGAGUACCCUACCCUAACCCCAGCCCUACGACCCUGAACACUACAUCAGGGAUCUUGAAUGCAAAUUACCUACUGAGGAGAUGGUGUUAGACUCCCUAAACUCUGAAUGCUAUAUCCAAACCCUAACCCUAUCCUGAAUCUAAACAAGGGGUGUCCCGUCCUGCUUCUGGAAAGCCACCUUCAUCUCUAGCUCUAAUUAAACACACUUAAUCCAGAUAAUCAAGGUCUUGGGAUUUACUUUAAGAGGAGGUAGAUCACCAAGAGCAGGAUUGAGUACCCUACCCUAACCCCAGCCCUACGACCCUGAACACUACAUCAGGGAUCUUGAAUGCAAAUUACCUACUGAGGAGAUGGUGUUAGACU